UCUCUCAAGCCGGUCCCGCGGGGUGUUUGUCAGGGCAUGGCAGCGCUGGGAGCCGUAGUGAAGAAAGUGUGGUGUAUCCGCCGCUACUUGGUGCUUCUGUGCACUCCGCUGGUGCUGCUGCCCGUCCUCUUCAGCCUGCCCCCCAAGGAAGGAAAAUGUCUCUACGUCAUUUUGGUGAUGGCUGUAUAUUGGUGCACCGAAGCUCUGCCAUUAUCGGUGACUGCUCUUCUCCCUAUAAUUCUGUUUCCUUUCCUUGGAGUUCUCCCAGCCAGCAAAGUUUGUCCCCAGUACUUUUUAGACACCAACUUCCUCUUUUUGAGCGGCUUGAUCAUGGCAGCUGCCAUUGAAGAGUGGAAUCUGCAUCGCAGAAUUGCAUUAAGAAUCCUUAUGUUAGUAGGAGUCCAACCAGCCAGGCUCAUUUUAGGCAUGAUGCUAACAACUUCCUUCCUGUCUAUGUGGCUGAGCAACACAGCCUCUACUGCUAUGAUGCUACCAAUUGCAAUGGCUGUUCUAAAAAGCCUUUUUGGAGAUAAGGAAACAUCUAAGGAUCACAAUAGGGUAAAAGAAGAAAAUCAAGCUUCAGUACAUCAGAAUAAACUUCACAUGGUGCCAACUGAGAUGCAGCUUCUAACAAAUAUUAAUGAGAAAGACGUGACUGAAGAGAAGGAAGUCACAGUUGACAUUUCCUUGGAUGUAAGGAAGGAAGAAGAAUACAAGACAAAUAUAUGGAAAGGAUUUCUGAUUUCCAUCCCUUACGCUGCUAGUAUUGGUGGAACAGCAACACUGACUGGAACAGCACCAAAUCUCAUUCUUUCAGGACAGUUGAAGAGUUUUUUCCCAGGGUGUGAUGUUGUGAAUUUUGGCUCUUGGUUUGUGUUUGCCUUUCCCUUAAUGCUACUUUUCCUUUUUCUUGGAUGGCUCUGGAUAUCCUUCCUUUAUGGAUGCAUUAGCUUAAGAGGCUGCACCAAGAAGAAGUCAGAGAUAAGAGCUGAUGCAGAAGGCAGAGCUCGGGCAGUUAUAAAGGAAGACUAUGAGAAACUGGGACCAAUAAAGUUUGCAGAACAGGCAGUAUUUGUUCUCUUCUGUUUAUUUGCGAUCCUGCUAUUCUCUAGAGAUCCAAAAUUCAUCACAGGCUGGGCAAGCUUAUUCACACCAGGGUUUGUCACAGAUGCAGUUACUGGAGUCACAAUAGUGACAAUACUGUUCUUCUUCCCAGCAAAAAAGCCAUCUCUUAAAUGGUGGUUUGAUCUAAAAGCAUCCAAUGUUGAGAAUGAACCUUUGCUCUCCUGGAGAAAAGCCCAAGAAAGUGUGCCUUGGAAUAUAAUUCUGUUGCUUGGAGGAGGUUUUGCAAUGGCAAAAGGAUGUGAGGAAUCGGGUUUGUCUGUCUGGAUUGGAGGUCGUCUUGACCCUCUAGAGAAUCUCCCUCCUCCUGUGGCUGUAAUUCUCAUCACAGCAGUCAUAGCAUUGUUCACAGAAUUUGCCAGUAACACAGCUACAAUCAUAAUCUUCCUGCCUGUCUUGGCAGAGCUGGCCAUUCGUUUGAAGGUGAAUCCCCUCUACUUAAUGAUACCAGGAACUAUAGGGUGCUCUUUUGCUUUCAUGCUUCCAGUCUCUACACCCCCAAAUUCCAUUGCUUUUGCUUCUGGGCAUUUGAUGGUCAAAGACAUGGCGAGAACUGGCCUGCUGAUGAAUUUGAUGGGAGUCUGUCUUCUGAGCUUGGCCAUCAAUACUUGGGCUAUGAGCAUCUUUCAGCUGGGCAGCUUUCCUGCCUGGGCCAACAUCCAUAUGGAAAAUGCAACCACCCUACUGGGAGAUGGCCAGAACAUUACUUUGAACUUAAUGAGUUAAUUAUAAGUAAAGCAACCUUAUUCAUGAGGUUGGGUGUGAAAAUGUCUCUCCUCAAAUCUGAGCACUAAAUUAAAUUGAUAUUGAGUACAGGUACGCAUGGAGGGGUAUACUGUGGAUGUGCAGCCACCAUAGGACCAUCAAGUACUUUUGCUUGUUUUUACAAAUCUUUGUGAAUAUUCAUUGAUUUUUAUUUUUAUUUUUUUGGUCUGACAAAAAGACUUUCUCAUUUUCAUUCAAAGAAUUAUCAAGUAGCUUUAGGUUUAGUCGUUCACUGUUUGAGGCUUGGAAGAUCUUUUCCCAUCUUUUCUUGUCUGAAUAAAUGGAACUAUUUUCCUUUACUAAAGAGGAUUAUUGCCUAAAUAUAGAAGUAUCUGGCUAUUUAAAUAUAGCAGCAUAUUGCCAUCUGAAUAUAGAAGCACAUGAGCAAGUAAAACAGUGUAUCUUUCCUUGAAUUGGAAAGUCUUUUAAAGAUUUCAGACUAUAUAUUCUCUGCCAGAUACAGGUACAGCAGGUUAUCAAAGCAGAAAUUAAAAAAAAAAACAAAUCGUAUGACCUUGUUUGACUAGGGUGGUGACAACUUGGUUGAAUCUGUUGCUGUUUAGAAGAAACCAGGAGCACAGAUAAUAUUGACAAAAUUACAAAUCUGAGUUGUUCUGAAAGAUAAGAGAGAUAAAAUGGAAAAGGUAUGGGUUUGCAUGUAUGUGCAAAAUAUGUUUGGGAGAGUAGUGAACGUAGUAAGACAAGCAAAGCUCCUCAUUUUCUGCAUGAGUUUCAUAGACUAUCUGUAAACAGAAUAGUCAUAAUAAAGUCAAAUGAUGAAACUCAGGAUGAGGAACUGGCCAAGGCAGCCAAUUCUGCUGAACACGGAUAGGAAUUCGUGGUGACCAAAAUGCUGUGAUCACCCAUUUCGAGAGUUUCAUUUCUCAAAAUCGUUGAAAACACUGGUACUUGUUAAAGAGCAUGUCAGUGGAUCAACAGUCAUGACUCAUUGCCUUUUACAUUUGUUUCUUGAAGCCAAAGAGCUCAUUUUGUGUGUUUUGUAUUUUGCCUCAACAAAUACACUCUGUCCUCCCAGAAUUAUGUGCCUAGGGAUUUUAAUUAUAUUCUUGAUAAACUCUAUAUGUGCAUGGUGAUCUCUAAACAACUUCUCCAGAGGUACACAACCUGAAGUUGUUAGGCUGCUCUUGGAAGUAUUACCCCAGAUAUACCCCAAACUUGUUCUCAAAUUGUAGUUUUUUAUGUGAUAAAAAAGGGACAAUUAUUCAAUAUAUGACUAGAGAGUAGUCAUGCUAAAUGUAAUUAAUGUUAAUCACAUGUACAUAUAAGUCAAAUGAAAUCAUAUUUGGUUUUUGUCAAAGACAUGCCCACGAAUUUUUGGAGUGUAGUUUCCAACACUACUAUUUACAGUUCAAAUAAGUCCUGCAGCACAGAAAAAGUUGGGUGCUCACAACUGACGUACAACAUGCUUACCAGUCCAGUAAAUGUGAAGCAGUUUACUGGAAAAAAGAGAGGAAUGGAGACUUUCUGAAUUAAAAUUAUCCUUUCACAAAAAGCAGUUACUAUGAAAAAUUGUCACUCAGGCAUAUCUUUAACACAUCCAUUAUAGCCAGACAGAUUAUAUCCAUUAUCCAGUUCUUGUGGUCUCUUGCAAUGUAAUGCUAGGUUGCUGACAACAAUAACUUCUCACCUGGCUAGAUAUAUACAAUGUUCUGUACCUCAAGGAGCAUUGGAAGUGUUUUAGAUUCAUGAGACCAUUCAUCCAGCUAGCUCGGUAUUGAAAAUGAUACUGAUUGUGAUUCUGCAAACUUGAGGAUAGAUUUUUUUUCAAGUUCCAUCUGGAGAUACCAUGAUCCAAUACAGAUGUUCCCUACAAGUAGAAAGUAGUAGUAGUAGUAGUAGUAGUAGUAGUAGUAGUAGUAGUUGGUAUUAAAUGCUUGAUGCUCAAUAACACCAACUUUAUCAGAAUUAGGUCUAAUAGGAAACAAUUGAUCCUCAACUGAUCAUGAUAUGUAACAUGAAGGUCAUGACCUUAUAUACUUAUGAAAAACUUCCCAAAAGUUCAUGAACAUUCACUGGGGAACUUGUCUGUUCAUUCAUCACAGUUUAGAAACACAGCUUGGAUCAUUUAAUAAUGGUCACAACAAUUUUUUUAUCCAUACAUUGUCCUUCAACUUAAAAUGUUGCAAGAGCUUUGUCAAAAUUAACUCCAGUAUUUGGGUGGAACAGAUGGAUUUAAUGCUAGCCAAUAGAGAUAUCUGGAUCCAGCUUUUCCUAGAACUGAAACCUAGUUGAUCCCAUGGACAACAACAACAUUUUGAAAUGGGAACUUAGUCAGUGCUAGACUCCACCAUGUAUUAUUGCAGGCUAUGCUAGAUUCCUUCAGUGUUUUCUUGACCCCAUUAAUGUCAGGAAUUUGAGGUAAUCCAAAAUGCAUCAAAAAUACCAUUAGACUUAAGUGCAGUGUGUAUGAAUGAGAGCUAAACUGGUAUUAAGGUUUGUUUUGCAUUGUUGCCCACUAUGUUAUAUUGCCCCAAAUGCACUAUCUGACUUCAUAUCUAGAAUAAGGUAAUAUGCUGGGCAUAGACUAGAAUGUGGUUUCUCUUUAGAUAUGCCAUUGCUCAUUGGAGAAAUUUGUUUGGUACAAAGUAAAAUGGCAAAGGUCCACAUAGUGAUGGCAAUAGUCAUUGCCAGCAUCAUACGUGAGAAUGCUUUAUCACAGGUCAUGAUGACCAUAUAGAUCUCUUUCGGUCUAAAUCAUGAAAAUGGUAAAAGUCUUGAUUGUUGAUCUUGUCAUGUCCAUUAGUCAUUCGUGAGGAAUUAUUGUUGCUUGGAUUUGGGAGAGGGAAGUUAAAAUCUGAUGGGUUUUUGUAUUGAUUGAUGAUCUUUGUACUUUCAGUGAAAGUGUUUGUAUAUGAACAUUGAUUCUAAUCACCACUGUAAACUUGAUUCUGUGUUAUACUAUUAGAUAUGUGUGUAAGAAACGGACUUUCAGCAAUUGUAAGAUCAAUGUGGAAAGCGUGCUUUGGAAGAUACAAUAUGAGGAAUUGUGCUGGGGGUGGAAGGAAGCUCAGCAAUGAAUUCUUGCUGUGAUGAAUUUUCUUAUCCCUUGUUGCCUAGACUUAUUCAGGAUCUGGAGCAUAUGUGGCAAAGAAAGCUGCUGGGUGCCUCUCUUGUUAAAGUUCAUGUCACUAUAAAAAUUACAUUAAAUCGACAUCACUGAUGUGGAAAUAGGAAAAGGUCAAACUAAAAGCAUUGACAUAUAACUAGCCAAGUAUCAGAUUACAAAACUCCAGAUGCCUAAGAUGCGUAAUUGUGAUGACUGAGAAUAAAAUGCACUCAUUA